UACAGAACAAAAGAGACUGCUUCGCUUACCUCUGCCCAAUCUCACGUGCGCUCUAUUUAGUAAUGCGACGUAUUGCCCUAUUCGAGAGAUGGAAGGACAGGAUGGGGUCGGGUAGAAUACGUAGUGGUGCUUUCAGAGAUGAUCAAUAUGAUGGCAAAUUUCCAUGUUACAUAUUUUCUUCAGACUUUUGUCCCCUGGUGCAUCCUCCCCUUAUUCCGUGACAUAUGGUGUGCAACGCCUUUGCUGAGAGCGAGCGCGACACAACUUCACGGGCGUUGCUUACACAAGCAUACAAGCAUUGGUUGCAUCAUCUUGGCUGCGGCCAGUGGGUACCUAUAAAGUAAAUGGGCAGGAACAAAAGGUUAAUGGCAAGGAACGCAGCUUCAAAAGUGUCGGCCGGUGGUGUGAAUGUUUCGCACCAGUACGAGCGUGAAGAUGGUGAUCCCCCCCCGUGCUCAAAUUGAAUCGUCAUAUCGCAAUCUCUGCAAUGCUGCUAGCUCAAGGACACAAAUGUAACUCUGAUCUUCAUGUUACCGUGUAUGAAACGCAGAGUCGGGGGGUCUUGGCACGGUCUCCCCAAACCAAUGCGGCUGACGACGACGCCGCCCCGUUGGCAGAAUCAAUUGAUUACACCUGCGUCUGCGUAUGGACCCGAGUGCAUGCAUCAUCCACCUUGCCUGCUUGCUUCCAAGCUUCCAAGCGUCCUCCAUCAACAAACUGAAUCAUCCAAACCCCGAGUCGUGAUUUCAAGUUGGCCGCCAGCCAGCCACCCAGGUACUUAUACCCAUCGGCCAGACUAGUCGCUGGCGUACCGUGUCGUGUGCAAGGGGGGCAGCGAAUACGGUGGCCUUAUUAGCGAAAUCAAAUCAAUCAAUCCAUCAAUCAAUCCAGGGCCAAGCCAAACGGAGAUCGGUACAGACAGUAGUAUUACCACACCCUCGACGUCGCAGUCCUUGUCCACAUUCGCAUCGCCCAUCUAUCGUCGCCGGCUGCCGUCGCAGCAUCAAUUCCAUUCUCACAACUGCGCCUGCUGCUACUCCGCUCUGUCCACCGUGGCCCGUCAGCUCGAGGGUUGUUUGUCGGUGACCGGGGGCGUCCAAAGGGAUAUCUCAGCGUAACCCUUUCGUCCUCCUCCUUCCUGGAUGCUGCCCUUACAUUCCGAGUCGAAGAUGCACCGCCAUGCCUUUUCCAAUGGGCAUGCUGCAUACCCAUCCGUCGGCGGCGGCAGCACUUUUUCUAUCCAACCCCACAAAUUCCAACCGCGAUCACAGCCUGCCCUGAGGCGGCGGAGACAGCUCAUCCAGCGCCUGCUGCUCGUCGGCUCCGUGUUCUGUACCGCCCUCUUCUUCUUCUUCCCCAACCUCCGACCGAACCUGGGCUCCGGCCCCCUCAGCUAUCUCAGCUCCAAUGAAGACAGUCAGCUCGAAACCGUCCGAUACUAUGAUCUGAGCAAUGUACAAGGUACCGCAAGGGGCUGGGAAAGGGAGGAAAGGAUACUGUUAUGUGCCCCGUUGCGAGACGCUGCAAACCACUUGGACAUGUUUUUUGGUCACUUGAAGAAUCUGACGUACCCACACAACCUCAUUGAUCUGGCCUUUCUGGUUGGUGAUUCCAAGGAUAACACACUUUCCAAGUUGAACGAGAAACUCCUGGAUCUCCAGGCCAACCCAGAUCUCAAGCAGACCUUUGGAGAAAUCUCCAUUUUGGAGAAGGAUUUCGGGCAGAAAGUAAACCAAGAUGUUGAGAGUCGUCACGGUUUCGCGGCGCAGGCUGGACGAAGAAAGUCCAUGGCGCAAGCUCGUAAUUGGCUUUUGAGCGCCGCUCUACGCCCGACCCACAGCUGGGUGUAUUGGAGAGAUGUCGACGUUGAGACUGCGCCUUUCACGAUUCUAGAGGAUCUCAUGAGGCAUAACAAGGAUGUCAUUGUUCCGAACGUCUGGCGACCCCUCCCGGAUUGGCUUGGUGGCGAGCAACCCUAUGAUCUCAACUCAUGGCAAGAAUCUGAGACUGCGCUUGCGCUGGCCGACACACUGGACGAGGACGCUGUCAUUGUCGAGGGUUACGCAGAGUAUGCUACGUGGCGUCCUCAUUUGGCUUAUCUACGUGAUCCUUAUGGAGACCCUGACAUGGAAAUGGAGAUUGAUGGUGUCGGCGGUGUCAGUAUUCUGGCAAAGGCGAAAGUUUUCCGUCAAGGCGUACACUUCCCCGCUUUCAGUUUCGAGAAGCACGCUGAGACAGAAGGGUUUGGAAAAAUGGCCAAACGCAUGAAGUUCUCGGUAGUCGGUCUCCCCCAUUACACGGUUUGGCAUUUGUAUGAGCCCAGUGUUGACGACAUCCGACACAUGGAAGAAAUGGAAAAGGAGCGUCAGAAGAAGGAAGCAGAAGAGCAGGCCAAAAAGGCGAAGGAGGACAAGAUUCGCAACCAAUUUGACUCGAAGAACAAAGAUUGGGAAAAGGAGAAGGCUGCUGUUCAAGAUAUGCAAAAGAGUGAGGAGAAGGAGGCUGAAAAGAAGAAACAGGAAGAGAAGGAUGCGGAGAAGACGAAGUUGAAGGCAAAGGAGGCAAAGGAAGAAGAGGAAGCAGCCGCGAAGGCCGAGGUGAAAAAAGACAACUCCAAACAUGAAGAUUCCAAGAAGGAAGCGGGGAACCAGGCCAGAGGUUUCGUAACCCCUGAUGAGAUUCACGAGGUUCACGGAACGGAAGAAAAGGGGAAACCGGUACCUAGACAACCCCAGCAGCCAGAGGCCGCCGCAUAA